AUGCUUUUGCGCAGCAGAAGGCUGGAAGGCUCCGGGUUUGCAGGGCUGGAGAGAGUGGGAGGCGUGGACUUGUCCUACAUCAAAGGAGACGACACCAGCGCCUGCGCUUCCCUCGUCGUUCUCAGCUACCCGGCCCUCGAGGUGCUGUACGAGGAUUGCCGGAUGGUGGCUGUGAGUGCCCCCUACGUGGCAGGAUUCUUAGCCUUCCGAGAGGUCCCUUUCCUGGUGGAAGCUGUUCAGAGACUUCAGCAGAGCCCAGGCUCAAACCGCAGCCCCGGCAAAGAGCGCUGCCAGUCCCUAAGAGCUCAUGCUGCUGAUCAUUUAGAGUCAGAGGUACUUUUUGUAGAUGGGAAUGGCCUGCUCCAUCCCAGAGGAUUUGGUGUGGCCUGUCACCUCGGAGUCCUGACGGAUCUACCAUGCAUCGGAGUGGCCAAGAACCUCCUGCAGAUGGAUGGCUUGGUCAGGGAUGAGCUGCACAAAGAGCAGAUUCGUUCCCUGCAGAGGGAAGGAGAUACGUUCCCACUGACAGGCGCUUCGGGGAGAGUCCUGGGCAUGGUCCUGCGUAGCUACAACAACAGCUCUAAGCCGCUUUAUGUCUCUGUGGGUCACAGGGUGUGCCUGGAGACAGCCGUGCGUCUAGUCAAGUCCUGCUGCAGGUACCGGAUCCCAGAGCCCAUCCGCCAGGCUGAUAUUAGAUCGAGGGAGUAUAUUCGGAAGCAGCUGUGUUCACCACUGGAAGUCGUAUCUUCUGGGCCAGAGAGAGGAAAAAAGGAGGCUGAACUGGAUGAUUAGUCUGAUGCCAGAAGAAACCGCAGGGCUCCUCUUCACUGGAUCCUCUCCUCCACCAAGGCUGUGGUUCUGUCGAGUGCAACAGCCGAGUGCCACCCCAGGGGAGAGCAGCGCAAGGCCGCGUCAGCCCGGACAACGCCAGCCACCGUGCGUGCGUCUGGUGGGCAGGCAGACCAGCUUCUCUUCAAACAUAAUGUUGAGGGCAUAUUUCUCAGGGUUGAUUUUUAAGCGUUGUAAAAAUGCUUGUGUAAGCAAAGGCACACUGACAAGUUUGCUACAACUUACUUGAGUGCUUGGGCAGUUGCAGGAGGUGGUUUACAAAUUGAUGCUGAGGCACUUAACUUAGUUACGAACAAACUCCAGAGCUGGCCUUUGGCUCCCACCACACCUCUGUGGCACAGAGACUUCCCUUCUUGUCGUUUUUGGAACAGCUUCCACCCAGGCCCUGCAGCCUGUACUCACACUCACUUUGCACGUCUCCGGGGAACAGAAGCCCAGUACGCAGCUCCGGCUGGUCCUGACAGACGGGCAGAGGACGCUGUGUUUCAGGUGGGCGUGUGACUCACGAGGGAGGGGAUGGAGCCAACAGUCUGCUGCGGAUUUUGGAAGAGGCUCAGGAGGUCUGAGCUCCAGUACCUGAGUCAGUGGCUUCCGUGUGCCUGCUGCCGCGGUGCCAGCGACCAGACCUCGGGGGCUGCGUGCGGGGCGUUACCUGCGCUGGGCACGUGGUGCUCUAGCGUUGCUGCUCUUGGUGGGAACUUGCUCUGCGUUGCUGCUGAGGAGUGAUUCGGUGGAAGGGCAUUCUGGUACCCGCUCGGUGUUACUGUGACCUUGACCCCUCUCUGCAGUGACUGAGGCAGGGGCCUCACGGUGGAGAUCAGCUCUUCCUGAAGGACAGGUCGUCUCAGGGGAAAGGAGAAUUUCCCAUCAAGGAGAGUGGGGAGGAGGGAGGUCCUUCCUAAUGCACAAACCAGUCAGGGCGGCCAGAUCCCGGGCUUGAGUUUUUGCCGUCUGAGUGGACUGGGAGCACUCGUGUCAGGUCAGGAGGGGGCUCUCUGUGCCCAGAGGCGUGGACCAGCACCCAUCAGUUAAGCCAUUUGUGAAGCUUGGCGUUACCAGCAGAGCACAGAACCAACAGUUUCAUCCCUGAAUCAAUACAGCGAGUCUUGCCC